UUCUGCCAUCUCAAACCCGAAGAAAUGGCCAAGCGUACGAAGAAGGUUGGAAUCGUGGGAAAGUACGGUACCCGUUAUGGUGCCUCGCUCCGUAAGACCAUCAAGAAGAUGGAGGUCACGCAGCACUCCAAGUAUACCUGCCAUUUCUGUGGCAAGGAUGCGAUGAAGAGGCACGCUGUUGGAAUCUGGCAUUGCAAGGGAUGCAAGAAGACCGUCGCUGGCGGUGCUUGGAUUUAUGCCACAACCACCGCUGCCUCAGCAAGAAGUGCAGUCCGACGAUUCCGUGAGAUGAAGGACUUGUAAAGACUUGGCUAUUUUUUAUGUAAAUUAAGACUGUAUAGAAGUGAGAAGAAAAAAAAGAUCACAAAAUACA